CAUUGAGCAGCAAUCACUUCCUCCAGUCGAACUACACAAUGGCGAAGAAAAUGAGUUCCCUCCUCUUCACGCAAGUUGCCAGCGCUUUGGUCUUCUUUUUUCUCAAUCAUUCCUGGAGUAUGGACACUAAUAGCGUCGCCAACCGACCAAGACCGGACACACCACUCUCCAAAAACAUUCUGGACGUCCUCGCCUGCUCCCCUGGACAGUACGACAAACAAGGUCAAGGCUACUCCAAAAAUAACCUUUGCAACUUGUAUAUGAACUCGCGGAAGCCAAACAACACAACAUACUCUCAACGAAGCGGCGUAGAUAUGGAGAAACCUGAUGCUGAACAAGCCGACCCCCAACAGUUUCGUCCAAACUCCAACAAUGAAAUGUUCGAUUCACGUUCUUUCUACCCAAAUUUUCAAGACGAUGCUCAUAGUUUAGACGAAAAUUCAAUUUUAGACCACCAAAACUUCAAAGAAAGAAACGAAAUCGGCGAACCACACUCCACAAGAGAUAAAAGAAUCCGCUCAUCAAUUUGUUCAAACAGUUCCUGGACAAUUGACCACACUCGGCCUCUGCCUUGGACCUGCAACCAGAGAAAGGAAUGGGUUCAUCUUCAGAGCAACAUCUACCCCAGCUGGAUCCAGCGAACGGUGUGCGAGGGCACCUGCUGGUUCGGCCACUUCAACUGCACGCCGGUGACCUUCACCACGAUGUUGCUGCGGCUGUGCUUCACGCCCCCCUGUAGUGACGACAGGGUGCCCUACUCCCUCAGGCGCAGCUGGCACUUCACAGAGUACGAGGUCACGGUUGGUUGCACCUGCUCAGCUUAAACUUUAGGAGCUCCCAAGAAGAAAAAAAUACAAAAAUCAUUCCUGUGUACUACAA